GUCCCUUAAUACUAUAAUCACGACAAAAAGCAAUGUCUCUCGUGGAUCAAAUGCUUGGCGAAGGAGCAGUAGCGGAUUUAUCUGUGUGGAAAAACAAGAUAACAUCAGGAAUCACACUUGUAAUGGCCACACUUAUCUGGUUCCAGUUUGAGAUCAUGGAGACUGAACCUGUACCCUUUCUAUGUUUGAUCUUGUUACUCCUGACGCUGCUUCUCUUCAUCUGGGUCAAGUAUGGACAUCACCUUUUCACUUGGAUACCUCCCACUCCCGAAGAGCUCCAACAAGAAGAUUCCCCAGUUAGAGCCUUACUUUCAGAGAUCGAAGGUCUUCUCUUGAUGCUGUACGAGAUUGCAUAUGGGGAAGACAUCAAAACCUUUAUAUGGACCAUCCUUUAUGUGGCCAUCAUAUACACCAUUGGGAGCUACAUCAACCUCCUCACAAUUUUUUAUAUAUGCUUGGUCUGCUUGCUAACGAUUCCAGUUAUGUACCUGCAAUAUCAAGAGGCCGUUGACGAUUUCAUUGGAGAGGUAUCAGAAAUGAAGAACAAGACACUUCAAUUAUUAAACUGUAGGGCCACCAAGAAGAAGAAGAAGUUGUACUAGGUCAUGUGAUUUUGCGGUAUACUAAAGCAAACUGUAUAGGCUUUAUUAUCAUUGUUGAGCUAAUUUGAUUUAGUAGGGAUAAUUGGACACUGUAUCAUUUUAGUAUUUAAAAAUCCGUAGAUGAUU